AGCAGGCGGAAGUCUGCUUCUGAGAGAGAGCUUCCUGAGAGUGAUGGUGAAAGUUACUGGAAGUAAUGGGAGCAGAGAGGGUUUGUACCAAGGCUCCUGAAUUCAUGCAGGAUGAAGCAGAAAUCUAUUCUUUGACAAACAUGGAGGGCAGCAUUGGAAUCAAAGGAUGUGAGUUCAAGUCUUGGCUCUUCAAAUUCUAUCAGGCUCGCUCUCAAGUUCUUUUGUGCGGUGAAGUCAAGAAUCUGUACCUGCUCACCAGCAACAAAACCACAGUGAAGGAGCAGAAUGCCUGUCUGACUCACCCUGACAGAUGAGCUAUGGCAGGUCUGCUGUUGUAGAAAAUUCUCCACCCCAGAGGCUUUAUCUCUCCUGCAGGGAAGGC